AUGGACUGGACCUUAAUGAAGCGUGGAAUAUCCUUCGUCCCAACAGAAAACUGCGUGGACCUGCCGAGCGGUUGCUUCGAACCCAAGAGCUAUAUCAGGUUGGAAGGGUUGAACAUCGGGGAAGCCAUUAUCAUGUUGGGGUGCUCGGGUUUCUUCUGGUUCGUCUGCCUCUUCCUCCUCGAGCAUCGGUACCUGCAGCGACUAUGGGGCAAGCUCAUAACGCAUAUGGUGGCGGAUUGUUUCGAGAAUACUCAAGAGGACGAGGAUGUGCUCUACGAGAAAGAACGGAUCCAGGACCUUUUCCAAAGAGGAGAGACGGAGAAGGACGCCCUUCUGGCAGUGGGUCUAACCAAAUCCUUCAAACGCUUCGUUGUCGUGGAUUGCUUGAACAUCGGGGUCCACCACGGCGAGUGCUUCGGGCUGCUGGGCGUGAACGGGGCAGGGAAGACGACGACGUUUAAAAUGCUGACCGGAGCGGAGGUCAUUACCUCGGGCGGGUCGUGCAUCAUGGGAUAUAACCUUGGCGUGAAUCGCAGAAAGUACCUGUCUCAUGUGGGCUAUUGCCCUCAAUUCGAUGCUCUGGUGAAUGUGAUGACCGCAAAGGAGACCCUGCUGAUGUAUGCCCGACUUCGAGGUAUUCCGGAAUCCGUCGCUGAACAACACGUCGACUCUCUGAUUGACCAACUUGGACUAACGGAAUACAAGGACAAGCACUGCGGGACAUACAGCGGAGGAAACAAGCGGAAACUGAGCACAGCCAUCGCCAUGGUGGGGGAGCCGCCUCUGCUGUUCCUGGACGAGCCGACUUUAGGCGUGGAUCCCAUCUCCAGGCGCAAGAUCUGGAAUGCCCUUGUUGACUGCAUCAAAAAUGGCCAGAGCAUUGUGCUCACCUCCCAUAGCAUGGAGGAAUGCGAGUACUUAUGUCACCGACUCGGGAUCAUGGUGAACGGGCGGUUCCGCUGCCUGGGUAGCCCACAGUACCUCAAGGACAAGUACUGUCAGGGGUAUACCAUCAAGGUGAAGACGAGGAUGACUGCGUCGGCAGAGAAGCUGGAAGAGCUCAAAACUUUCCUCGUUCAAACCUUUGGAGGAUCCUUCCUUCGUGACGAACAUAUAGUAAUGCUGAACUUCCUAGUGGAACGCCGGGAUGUGACCUGGGCCCAGCUCUACUCGACUGUGAGGGAGAUGAAGACGAGAUUCGAAGACGUGGUCGAGGAUUCUUUAGUCGGGAAAACGAGUCUGGAGGAUGUUUUCCUUUCCUUCACCAGUGAGCAGGUCCAGCAGAGGCCGAAGGUCAAGUGCCGACUCUGCCUUGGCUGCGGCAAGUCCCAGUGAUAACCAACUGGAAUAAAAAAUUUUCAGUGGAAUCAUUAUCUUUCUCAUUCGUCCGCCCUGGUAUUCUUAUUGCAU